CAUUUGACAGCUUCUCUCUCGAGCAGUCGCUUGCACUGGCCCACAAACGCACCUAGAACGGAACCCCGUACGCACACCACGGACGUGAACGCGCGCACACACACACAAGCUCCGUACACAGGCGAGCAGCGAAAAAUACGUCCCCCGACCCGAGAGGGAUUACAGAAUUGUGCCGUCGUGCAAAAGUUCCACGGUGGUUUGGCCAAGGGAUGUUGUGAAGGAUUGCUGCGUGUGUUGCAAACGCCCUAAUGCAAGUGUAAGCAGAAUUCUUCCCCCUUUACUUCUCCAACAGAGCAACUUGGCACGGAGCAGAAACUGUGGUAACUUUGUUCGUGCAAAAAAAGGAGUUUUGCUCCAAAGUGUGUUGCACUAGUGUUCCUGAAGAUCCUGUCUGUUCGUAUACCGUGAAUGUAUUAUCAACCAGCAAACGACGACCUCAACAAAUUCUGUGCCACAGUUGUCUCGUUCACUGAAUCAACAACCUCGCAGUAGCCAGUGUCACAGUGUCACAGAGUGUCCGGAUAGGUUAGAAAAGAGUCAUUCAAUUGCUGCUGGAAGGAUUGCUGGCACAGUUCUACGUACGGAGCUGUUCCUGUAAUAGAAUAUACCUUUCCCCCACAAACCCCACCAUUCCUCCUAUUGUGUCAAUUAGCUUCGUUUCCCAGCCAACGGGAUUCCGAGAGCCACUUCCGUGUGCGUUCGGCACGAUUAAAAAAAAGGUGAAUGAGAAGCUCGUAAGAGAAAGAAGAAAUCCAUCCACCUCCCCACGGAUGGUGUGUGCGUGCGUUCGACGGUAGACACAGUGCUUGGCGUAUGCCCGCGGGCCCAUACCGGCUGAUUGCGUGUAGCGAAGGAAGGGCGACUCCCAACAACAACAGCAUCAGCAGGGGCGAAUCCAUCCAGCAGCACCACACUCAGCGCUUGAUUCCGGUUCCGGGCAAGAGCGGGCUACUAUGUUCAAGAGCCGAAGCGAGGGCAAUGUUGUUUACAAGUGUACCGUACGGCUGCUGGAAGAUCUCGAUGUCCUGGAGUGCGAAUUUCAGCCACACCAUAAGGGUUGUUUUCUCCUGGACUACGUCUGCGAGCAGCUGGAAAUCACCGAAAAGGAUUAUUUUGGGCUCCGAUUUGUCGACUCCGCCAAGCAGAGGCACUGGCUGGAUCUGGCAAAAACUAUAAUCAAGCAAGUCAAAGAUGUGGAUCCACUCGUGCUUUCGUUUCGUGUCAAAUUUUACCCAGCCGAUCCCCUACGGCUAACGAACAAUGGGAAGCUGAUGCUAUACCAGCAAUUAAAACGUGAUCUUCGGCAUGGUCGGCUGUAUUGUUCCGCCGGUGAGGCAGCAGCCCUGGGAGCGCUAAUAGUGCAAGACGAGCUCGGCGAUUACGAUGCGGAAGCGCACACCGGCGAGUACGUGUCGUCGCUCAAGAUCGCCCUGCGCCAGUCGGACCAGCUGGAGAAGAAGGCGAUGGAGCUGCACCAGAAGCGCGACCCGGGCCAGGAAGCGGUCGCCGUGUACGACGAGUUCGUCGGGAUCGCGCGCAGCCUCGAAACGUACGGGAUCGACCCGCAUCCGGUGAAGGAUCACCGCGGUACACAGCUUUACCUGGGCAUUAACUUCUCCGGCAUCAGCACGUUUGCGGCGGGCCGCCGUACGCAACACUUCCGCUGGCCCGAGGUGCACAAGAUCAACUUCGAGGGCAAGAUGUUCAUCAUCCAUCUGGCGUACUCGGAGGAUCGGAGGGAAGUGAAAAAGCACACCGUAGGAUUCAAGUGUCCGUCGGGUGCGGCCUGCCGGUACGUGUGGCGAUGUUCCAUCGAGCAGAUGCUGUUCUUUACUCUUCCAACCAGCCAACACGCUUCCGUUGUUUCCGGGGGUGGAUUUUUCUCCUGGGGUACCAAAUUCCGCUACUCGGGCCGGACCGAGCGCGAGCUGAUGUCCGAGGCGCUGCAGGCGCUGCGCCAGCAGAAGCUCAACAACACCAGCCCGAGCAAGAGGAAAGCGCAGAGCGUUCCGGCGACACCGUCGAGCCCGCAGGGCGAUCUGGCAGAAAUCCGAUACAGUAGCCUUCCACGAUCGACCAUGUCGGAGCCGCUCGGUGGCUGCGGCGACCAUCUGGCCUCGUCCGUGUACUGCACCGACAAUCCACUGCCCACGCUCGAGACGGUCUCGGAGGAGGCGCGCAAAACGAACGGCGAAAGCAACGACCACCUGUCCGACUACUACUUCCGCGACUCGUUCGACCACUCGUCGUCCGAGUCCGGCUUCACGGCGGCGGCGAACAGUGCGGCGAACCCGCUCGGCGACCACCAUCACCAUCCGCACCAUCGCACGCACCAUCCGCACCAUCUGCACCAUCACCACCGGCAGGCGUACACGACGGACAACAUCCCGGCGCUGGCGAUGCACCACAGCGUCACCAACCAUGCGGCCAGCAUCAUCCAGCAGCAGAACGCCAGCAACAGUGCGAAGAAUGCGAAAAAGUUCUCGCUACUGCAAGCGUUCGUCCCGUCGUUCCUGUUCGUGGUGGUCGUGCUGAUCGUGUCCGCGAUCUACAUCCUCGAGACGGACACCGAGCUGUUCGCCCCGCUGCGCAACUGGCCGGAGAUGAUCUGCCUGCGCUACCAGUACUACCAGCCGCUGAAGGAGUUUCUGGCGAAAAAGUUCGGUGCCAUAUUUUGAUUCAUUCUGACCGGACGCACGGACGCUUCCACUUCGUGUGCCGGGGAUGGCGGGCGGACUGGUUGUGGCCGGACCGUGGACGGCUGGUCCAGCUACUACCAGCCGCCGGAGUACUUUCGGGAGCGCGAUACCGGGGGUAGCAGCAAUGAGACGCCCAUCUCACUCACACUUACCCUGCCCACGGCAAGGGCCAUGUAAGGUGCUGGAUUGUAGCAUUUAGGGGAGACGGAGAGAGAGAGAGGAAGAAAUGCAAAAUUAGUUUAAAUAUGUUAAAACUGUUUAGUACUUUGUAUCAUAUUAACAGUAUUCGUUACCUCUAAAAAAACGACAAGAUCAAUCGAUCGUCAAUGUUUCAGUUGUCGUGCACCGCUUUGCCGCUUUUCUAUUGCGCAACAGGCACAGCCACAGUAUUCCGUUAACGGGGUAGAAGCUUUUUAAGGGGAUUAGGGGAGCUUUUUAGCUGCUUUGUAUUAUUAGCAAACCGUCAAAGUAUUCCACCAAAAACAAAGGACGGUAUUAACAAAACAAAAAACAAUUCUAAAACAACAACAAAAAACAAUUGAAAUUUGUCAACAACGAACCAACCGACUCCAGUCCGUCUCGUAUUACUCUCUUUGUCGCGUAACUUCUGUUACAGCAGCUGCAGUAUUAGACUUUAGUAAGGGAGGAGAGUGCAGCCUCAGUUUUAACCAACCGCACAGCUAUAACUAAUGUGCAAUUGUAUUGUACCUUGUUAUCUUAUACCGCAGUAGUAUAAAGCAGCAGUAUUUGUUUGUCUUAGGGCAGAAGUUUUCUUUUUUAACGUACCGCAUAACACAUUCUUUUUUUGUGUAUAGAAACUAUGUUAAAUUUUGUGCUACAACACACGCUUUUUGCCAAAAGAAGAAAGAAAAACAAACUGAAAGUAUUUAGCAAUGCAGCACGGUCAAACACGGUUGCAGCUUUAGCGUUUUCUGUAGUUGUUUUUCUUCAGCUUAGUACUGCGUUAAACAAGCGACGCACUCUCUACCUUUGAUCAAUCGUACCUCUAUGUUUCUGGGACCACCAUUCCUGUUGUUUGACGCGCGUGUAAAGAGGGACCGCUUUUGAUUUGUGACGGCAAGCAUGGCUGAUAAAUGAGUUCAUCCCUGUAAGCGAUUAGCGUAGAAAGAAUGGGAACGCCAGAACGAUAUAAACUAACAAAUCUAACUUACGAUUUGUGUGGGACAAGCUGAUUUUUGCGAACAAGGAAAGGACUCGAAAUGGUAUUGCGAAACGAAGUAACAAUUUUAUCUAGCUUUUGCAAAGCUGUACGACAAACAAAAGAUGAUAGAUUCAUUAGGAAAGGCAAAUUGUAGUUGAAGAAAGCAAAGAGAUUGUAGUUGAAGAAACCAAAUAACAGGAAGACGAGCAAGAAAAUCGCCAAAUACUUAAACACGAAACAAAAGAGUAACCAUUACACUUAAAAAGAUAAAAAUACAAAACGAUAAUGGUAAAAAAAAGAAAACAAAACUGAUCAACUAAUACCUAAGCGUGAAAUGGAUUAAAAGACAAGAUUAUAUAUGAUCUAUAAACCAUCACUUCGAUCAACUGAUCGCAGUGGGCUGAAAGUUACCUUCUCCUUAGUGAAGUGAAUUACUAGCGAUCGAAAGAAAAUGAGACAGAGAUAAGGUUCGCUUAUGAUUGUAGAAAUAUAAAAGAGAAGAAUAUAAGAUUGAUAAAUUCAACUUUGCGAUAUGAUGCUUCUAGAAAUGAAAAUAGCAUUGAAGAACAAUUAAUGCUUCUGGUAAAUUGGGAUUAAACAAACAAGUAUUAGCCACACAACAAGUUGUGUAGAAAUGUAGGAUAGUUCAGAUAAUGAUGCUUCUGCAGCGAUUCUAAAUGGUACAGCAGGCAGCAUGUGCGAGAGAUAAGGAACGCGAAAACACAAGAGGCCAAGAGGCGAUAAGAUAAGAUCUGUUUAAAUCUAACAAUUGCUAUUGCUUGGUAGAACGGCGAACGAUCUUGCAAUAGAAAUUAAUUAUUAGAACGGAUGAAGCGAAAUGUUUCCAUCGGAACGAGCUCCUGCUUUAACGCUGUAUGUCUCCAUUUUUUGUGGUUUGGUUUGUUUUUCGCCUUUAUAGGCAAGCCAAAUGCUUUCCGGAAAAGGGCGUAACACAAACAAGGGGACACAAGCAGGAGCAAUAAAAAAACCCUUACUUAAAAAGGGACAAAAUACGGUUUAAAAUUGGUAGAGUAAGGAAGAAAGAGAGAUACAAUUUGUUGAAGGAUAGCAUGAUCGAGUGUCGGGAUCUUGUAGCGAACUGCAUUUUAAUAAUACACACAAGCUCACAAAAAGGACACACCACAGAAACACGAAAACAACAAAUUGCUUGCCUUAUUUGCUACAUCGCACACACACACACAAACAAAAGGGUGCGAUGCAUUGUCGAGCGAGGUGCCUCGCAACUCGAAUAGCUGCAGUUUUAAAAGCAAUUUCAGUAAACUCUUUAGCUAGGGUAAUUUGUGCGCGUAAUUAGCGAGACAAAGCCUCACUACCGAAAAUGGUAACAGAAAGAAUGCACUGCAGUGUGGCAAACUGAACAAGUAACAAGAAAGCGCAAUUUAUCAGCGAUACGUCCAUUACAUUUUCCAAUUGAACGAUGCGUGGAAGGAUGUCAGAAACGGUACGGCUCCAACGGCUUUUGAAACUCACCUGUAUGAUCAUUAGUUUACGUUUUAUAUUGAAAAAAAUGGUUAUAGUUAUCUUGUUUACAUAGCGAUUCGCUUGUUAUUUUAUGAUAAAUUACGGUAUUUGUUGCUUAGAAGAUCGAUUUUUGAACACGGAAACACGAUCACGAACAAAACAUAAAACCCAACCCCCAACUAGUGACAAUCAUUAUCGUUUCGUUUUGAACAUUUUUGCUUUUGAGUUGCUUUGAAAACACACCCCACAAGAUGCCACCGACUAGCUGGAUUUAUGCAAACCGUAGUAGUACUAGCAGCAGCAGCAGCAGUAGAACAUAUCAGAAUGGAGAAAAUAGACUUAGAAAAUAUUUAAAAGCUACAAAAAGGAAAACUAAACACAUACUGAUACAGCUAGCAACAUUGCGAUCUGGAUGAAGUGAUCACCGAGUUCCUAAACUCUCCCGGUUUGAUGCUUUAUAGAAAGGAAUGUGUAAUGCAACCACAACAUUAGUCAGGUUCUGUACGCUAGCCCGGGCAUAGUAAGCUGUCGCUUUUUUGAGUAUCAUGAUUUCUUCUUGGUUUCCAGUUGUUUUCUUAUAGCAUUAAUUUAGUGCACACGCUAGUCUUAUUCCAUCUUGCGUGUAACUUGCCGAUAAUACUCCCAAAUAAAACCAUUCAUAGUAAUUUCUUAUUUCUAAAUCAUGAUCAUUUAGUAAUAUUUUCCCUACCAUAAGCUUUCUAUGGUAGAAUGAUUUCUUGCAACACAUCACAUAAAGAUCAUUUCCUGUAUACAUCAAAUCAGGCCCAAUUGAUGGGUCACUGUAACGUGCAACGUGCUGCAAAGCAUACGGCCAAGCACAUCCAACACUAAGUACACAGGCUUUGGUGAAAGUAUAGUAUCACACUUUCCAACGAUUCUCAUGUUCCCUAUAGCGAUAAGCGAGGAUAGAAAUGAAUAGAACCGUUCACUGUGCUAGAGAGAGAAAGAUAGGAACGUUACGUGCGGAAGGGAAAUAAAACUUUUCACAAUUUGGAGAAAACAAACUUUAAUAUGAACGCAUAAACAAAGUGCUCUGGAAACAGACGUAUAGUACAUUAGUAUCCUUGGGCGUGUUCCUGGGCUAUUGGUUGGUGAAGAUGGUUGAGAAGGCCGUAGUGACAGCAGCAGCAGCAGUAGAAGAAGCAGAAAAAGAAAAUGAAUGCAAAACUAGAAAACAAAACUUUAAAAUUUGAUUCUAAUAGGUUUUAAGAUGAGAAAAACAAACAUUACAUACAAAACGAAGCAAAAGAAAAAGGUAAGGUAAGGUGCAAGUGGAUGAAACCAAUUACAUGUAACCAAAACUGAUAGUAAUAAAAAUGAGAUAAUCUUUCCUA